GUCAGCAGGGCCGGCGGCGGUGGCGGCGAGCUACCGGGCGCCGAGUCCAAGGCCUGGGGUCGGGCUGCCGGCGCAGCUCGAGCGUUUUCCGCGGGGUUUGGCUCCUGUCGCUUCCCGUCUCGUCGAACCGGCAUCGCCGCCCCUGGAGCCACCGCGGCAGCCGCCGCCGCGAGUCGUCAGAGCCGGGCCGCCGGAGGACCGGCGCGCCAGGAGAGGGCGCGGAGCGGGCGGCUCCCGGGCGCGGACGCAGAUCACCCAGUUCCAGGUAUUUCUGUUAUUCAACAGAAAUGGACUAAUGCAGAAAAUCGGUACCAGAGAAGUGGGGUGUUGCUUGUAACAAAUACUUGAAAAUGUGGAAGUGACUUUGGAACUGGGUGUUGAGGAGAGGCUGGAAGAAUUUGAAGGACCAGGCUAGGAAAAACCUAGAUGCAGCACGUGGUCACAACCUUGACCUUUCCAAGGGAGAUCCAUGCUGAAGGACUGUAUAGAACAGCUGUCUGCAGAGGCAUUUGCUGCCAGACGAUGAUGAAAAGAAGUGAAGAAUCGAUAACUAAAAAUCGUAAUCAAAAGGAAAUAAGUAUUCUUCGUUGUUGGAAAUGUAGAAAAUGUAUAGCGAGUUCUGGUUGUUUCAUGAAAUAUCCUGAGAAUCAAGUGAAUAGGGAUAGACAUGAUUCAAUUGAUGCUCAAAAUAUUUGCCAUGUGUGGCACAUGAAUAUAGAAGCCCUUCCAGAGUGGAUAAACUGCCUAAUACAAAAAGCCGAGUGGACAGUUGGAAAACUGAAUUGCCCUUUCUGUGGGGCCCGUUUAGGGGGCUUUGAUUUUGUCAGCACUCCAAAAUGUUCCUGUGGCCAGCUUGCAGCUGUACAUCUCUCCAAGAGCCGGACCGAUUAUCAGCCAACACAGGCAGGCAGACUGAUGAGACCAUCGCUGAAAUACUUGUCACAUCCUAGAAUUCAGUCAAGUUGUGACAAGGAAACUCUGCUCACAGGUGGUAGCUCCAAAAACAGAAAUCACAGGCUUUUAACCAUGGCCCAAAUCAAUAAUGGCCCUGGGAGAUUAACAGAAGCACUCUGCCUAGAGGUGCGAUCAACAUAUUUUGAGAUGAAGAAUGAAAAACUGCUCUUCAGAGCAUCAGAUCCUAAAUACCAGCUUUUUGUUCCACAGCUUGCAACUGGCAGAUAUGCUGCAAGAGCUUUUCAUAGAAAAUCACAUAGUUUGGAUCUGAACAUCAGUGAGAAACUAACUUUAUUACCCACUUUAUAUGAAAUGCAUAGUAAGACUACUGCCUUUUCCAGGCUAAAUGAAACACAGCCUAUUGACCUUUCAGGCUUGCCUUUACCAUCUAGUAAAAAUAGCUGUUCCUUUCAAAAUCCAUCCAGCUUUGAUCCUAAUAUGCUGCUGCAAAGAUUUUCAGUGGCUCCCCGUGAGACCCAGACACAAAGAGGAAGAGAAUUUCAGUGUGGUCUGGAAGCUUCUUCAGUGUACUCUGACCAUGCUAAUACUGACAACCUGACUUUCCUGAUGGACCUGCCCUCAGCUACCAGAAGCAUGCUGGAGGCCUCAGACCAAGAAGACCACCUUUCCACUCUGCAAUUCCUGAACUCAGCCAGUUUUUCAUUGGGUACCAUUAAUCAGAGGCUCAAUAAAAGAGAAAGGAACAAGUUGAAGAAUCUAAGAAGGAAACAACGAAGGCAUGAAAGAUGGUUACAGAAACAGACUUUGAAUAAUGAGAUGAGUACAGAUGAUGAUAAUGAAUAUGCAGAAGAAAAGGAUAGCUACAUCUGUGCAGUGUGUCUGGAUGUUUAUUUCAACCCUUACAUGUGUUACCCUUGCCACCACAUCUUCUGUGAGCCCUGCUUACGGACUCUGGCCAAAGACAAUCCUGCAAGCACUCCCUGCCCAUUGUGUCGGACAAUUAUUUCUAGAGUCUUUUUCCAGACAGAACUGAACAAUGCCACAAAAACAUUCUUUACUAAAGAAUAUUUAAAAAUAAAGCAAAGCUUUCAGAAAUCCAGCUCUGCAAAAUGGCCCCUACCAAACUGCAGAAAAGCAUUUCAUCUUUUUGGAGGUUUCCACAGACGUGCAGCUCCAGUUACAAGAAGGCAGUUCCCACAUGGUGCACACAGGAUGGAUUACCUGCACUUUGAGGAUGAUAGCCGUGGAUGGUGGUUUGAUAUGGAUAUGGUGAUCAUCUACAUUUAUUCCGUGAACUGGGUCAUUGGAUUUGUUGUUUUCUGCUUUCUUUGCUAUUUUUUCUUUCCGUUUUAGGAAUUUUCAUAACUUACUAGAGUUGAACAAUCAAAUUAUGUAAAUA